AUUCUCGAAUUCCAAGCGCGUAGCCAAGUUCUAGAAGUAGGUCUCCGUACUCGCUCAUCAAAAUUGUUGAAGCUGAAGCUCAAGCCCAAGCUCAAGCUCUGACGCCACACCAAUCACCUCCCCGCAUCGACUUCCAAACUCGAAGCUCCAAUCAACUCUUGCUACUUUGCCAUAGCAAGAAUCGCCUAGAAACAAUCUAAUUAUCCUUUAAAAUGAUCGACCCAGCAAUUUUCGAGAGUCUGCAGGCGAAAAUCGAUGAAGAAUCGGCUGUGAUUGAUGAACUCCAUGACAUCGUCCAAGCGCUUGCUAAGAAAGGACGAACAACCCAAGCUAUACUCUCUAGAGCCCAUUCAACACCUGCUAAAGACUUGAAACCGGUCCUCGACGAAGCAGCGCAGCAAAUCCUCGCCCAGAAAGAAGAAGUCUCGCGAUUAAGCAAAGUCGCGAACCAGCACCCAUUCUACAGAUUUAACAAUGUGUGGUCACGAGAACUGCAGAAUUUGGUGUACUACAUCGAGCUCUGUGCCUGGCUAGGAGGUUUAUCAGAGUACAAACAAUCGGCGAAAUCGUCAUUUCUAACGAUUGAUGAAGUUGGGAAAUUCCUUGAUGUCCCUGUCAACCUCAAAGACGAAGACGCUUUCCACCUCACCAUUGAAGAAUACCUCCUUGCCCUUAUCUCCAUGGUUGAAGAACUCUCCCGUUUGGCUGUCAAUUCGGUCACGCUUGGGGAUUACACCCGUCCGCUCGAAAUCAACUCAUUUAUCAAAGACCUCUUUGCCGGAUUUCAGUUACUCAAUUUGAAGAAUGAUAUAUUGCGAAAGAGAAGUGACGGGAUCAAAUACUCGAAAGUGGAGGACGUAGUUUAUGACCUCUCAUUGAGAAAUCUGAUUCCGAAGGCCUGAUUUACGAGAAUUGUCCACUACGGCCGGAUGAGGGAUUGCUUUGGUAUCAAUUAAUGCUGGCAUAAUCAUUUGAUAACAAUUUUGAUAACAAUACCCGAUAGUAUGGACAUAAUGAAACCAAGAGACUGAAAAAGGAGACAUAGGUAUCAAUGGAAACGAACAAACAA